AUGUGGCUGCACAAGGGAGAGCAGUUCUUCCGCGCCUAUGGCACGCCGGACCAUCUCAAGGUGUCCACGGCCUCGUUCUAUCUGGAGGCUGCCGCCAGCCAAUGGUAUUACAAACUCGAGAAGAAUCAAGGUGCUCCGACAUGGCCGCAAUUCGUUGAUGCCAUCAAUCGGCGUUUCGGGACGCCGCUCCGCAGCAACCCGUUGGGCGAACUGACACAUCUCUGCCGCACCACCACCGUCGAUGAAUAUCAGGAGAAAUUCCUUCUCUUCCUGGCUCGCUGCGAAGGCGUCACGGAGGCCCAGCAGAUCGCUAUCUUCACAGCCGGGCUGCAGCAGCCCCUUCACAGACGUGGAACUACCGAAACCCGAAACUACAGAUCGCUAUCUACACCAGCAACACCCGCUGCGCCCGCCAAACCAGAACUCCCGGCUGACAGUCGGUUCAAACGCCUCUCACCUGAGGAGAUGGCGCAACGGCGUUUGGAGGGGUUGUGUUUCAGCUAUCUGGAGAAGUUUUCCAAGGAGCAUGCUAAGCAGUGCACGGGAAAAGGCAUCUACUUCCUUGAGCUCGACACCGAUGCGCUCGCAUCCGAGGACGGUGGCUCGGAUGAUGACCUGCAGAUCUCUGUGGCCGCCAUCACGGGUACUCAGUCAAGUGCAACAUUGCAUCUUUCCACGGUGGUCUGUGAUAAGGCUGUCGUCGCGUUGGUCGACUCUGGCUCAACUCACUCAUUCAUCGACGGGUCUACAGCGCGCCGUCUGGGUCUGGUGCCAUCGCCUCGACCUGGUCUCGUUGUCGGUGUGGCGAAUGGGGAUCGCGUCGCAGUGUCGGGAGUGUGCAAGGCGGUGCGGUUCGCUAUCGGCACAGAGGAGUUCGUGGCCGACUUCUUCGUCAUUCCACUAGGGGGCGUCGACAUGGUCCUGGGGUGUGACUGGCUCCGCACCAUGGUGUUCUGGUGGCACGACCGUCGCGUCAGUUGGAGCGGCAUGCGACCAACGUCUGCCAUGGUCACCGCUGGGGCGGACAAGCGCGAUUAUCUGCUGGCUCUACUCGACGAGUUCGCCGACUUGUUCGCAGAGCCCAAGGGCUUACCGCCGGCGCGCUCUUUCGACCACCGUAUUCAUCUUCUUCCGGGAACACCACCGGUGGCUGUACGUCCAUACCGGUACGCCCAAUUGUUGAAGGACGAGAUCAAAGCUCAAUGUCAGGCAAUGUUGGCGCAAGGCAUCAUUCGUCCUAGUACUUCGGCAUUCUCUUCGCCGGUGCUUCUCAUUCACAAAGGUGAUGGCUCCUGGAGAUUUUGCGUGGACUACCGCGCACUCAACAGUAAAACGGUGCGGGACUUGUUCCCCAUCCCUGUCGUCGAAGAAUUAUUGGACGAGCUCAAGGGCGCGGUGUUUUUUUACUAA